UGGAUCAGCGCGAAAAUGUCGGCAAUUAAGCAAGUCCACGCCCGCGAAGUGUUGGACUCUCGGGGUAACCCGACUUUGCAAGUUGAAAUUUGAACUGAGGCUGGUGGUUACGGAUCGGCGAUGGUUCCCUCGGGAGCUUCAACCGGUCAGUUAGAGGCGGUUGAACUAAGGGACGGCAUGGUUAAAACUGCCCAGGCACGCCGUUUGAGCAAAAAGUGGUUCGGUGGUAAAGGCGUUGGCGUCGCGGUGGAAAAUGUUAACCGGGUGAUCGGUCCUAGGUUGAUCGGACUCGAGUCUUCCCACCAAAUUCUAGUUGACCAAACGCUGAUUGGUCUCGACGGAACGCUUAACAAAGCUAAGCUGGGCGCGAACGCAAUCUUAGGUGCUUCGCUCGCCAACUUAAAAGCCAGCGCCGACGAAAGAGGUUUGCCGCUCUACCAGUACGUGGGCGGCGUCAACGCUAGCCUUUUGCCGGUUCCGAUGCUCAACGUCAUUAACGGCGGAGCCCACGCCUCAAACACGCUCGACAUUCAAGAGUUUAUGAUUAUGCCGAUCGGAGCUCAGACGUUCCGUGAAGCGCUUCAAAUGGCCAACCAAGUGUUUCACACCUUAGCCAAAAUCCUUAAGCAAGCGGGCUACGGAACGCUAGUUGGCGACGAAGGAGGUUUUGCUCCCAACUUAGAUUCCCACGAACAAGCGCUUGAGUUGCUCGUGCAAGCGAUUCGUGAGGCCGGCUACAAACCAAGUCGUCGCGGACCUAAAGCGAUCGCGAUCGCGCUCGAUCCGGCUGCUUCGGAGUUUUACGACGGUCACUACUACCGGUUUAAAAAGCUCGAGGAAGCGAUUCGUAACCGUCAACCUAAUUUUGAAAAAAAACGUCUCUCGGGCAUUAAAACUCGCUUUACGUCGGGAGAAAUGGUUAACUACUGAAAACGUUUGGUGGCCAAAUUUCCCAUCAUUUCAAUCGAAGACGGUCUAGCUGAAAACGACUGGGCUGGUUUUGAACACUUUACCAGCGAGCUCGGUCAAGUGAUUCAAAUCGUGGGCGACGACUUGACCGUCACUAACCCGCACAUUUUGAAAAAAGCCGUUCGCAACCGCGCGAUCAACUCGAUCCUAAUUAAACUCAACCAAAUCGGGACCGUUACCGAAACGAUCCAAGCGAUUGAAAUCGCUCAUAAGGCUAACAUGAGCGCGGUAAUUUCGCACCGCUCGGGCGAAACCGAGGAUACAACCAUUGCCGAUUUAGCCGUCGCGCUUAACACGGGGCAAAUUAAGACCGGUUCGCUCUCGCGAACCGACCGGGUGGCUAAGUACAACCGCUUGCUCGCGAUUGAAGAAAUGCUCGGACCAGCUGCCCGUUACGAAGGCGAGCAAGUUUUCCACAACUUAGGUAAGAACGUCAGCGAGUAG